AAAGAAUAUGUCACGAUAAGACUUAUGCGUCGGUGACAGUUUUGUAAUAAUCAUUUAAGUGUGGGAACUGCAACACAGUCAGAAUUAUGUUGCAAUAUAUUUGCGUGACACUUCGAUUAUUAAACACUAUAUUCCAAAUCAAACUUGGGAAACAUAGACUUUCUGAUAGCAUUUUAAAUGCGAUACAAACAAUAUUAAUUGAUUUUGAUUUCGAUAUCCAUUUAUUAGCUUGAUUUCGACGUUGGUAGUCGACAGUUUCGUAGCUAGAUAGAUUAAGUUGAAACUAACGGGAUGAUGGAUUCAACCCUACGCGACACGAUGUCGAAUGAUACGGAGAAACCAACACAAUCCUAUAUCGCACUUAUAGCAACAGCAAUUCUUAGUAAAAACUCGCGAAAGAUGUUGCUCUCCGAAAUAUAUUCCUGGAUUGUUGAAAGUUUCCCGUAUUACAAGGGCCGUGAUAGAAGUUGGCGCAACAGUGUUAGGCACAACCUCUCUCUAAAUGAAUGCUUUGUCAAGUCAGGCCGUGGUGACAAUGGAAAGGGCAAUUACUGGUCCAUCCACCCUGCAAAUAUGGACGACUUUCUGCGUGGGGAUUUCAGAAGGAGACGGGCGCGUAGAAGAGUACGUAAAGCUUCAACGGGUUCUUCCGCUCACGAUAGUCUGGAUGGAAAACGUGACAAUAGCCAGCGAUUCCCGUAUGCAAGUGGUUAUACCAUCAUGAAAACAGCCUCCGUUCCAGUUCAAGAUUUAAUACAAAUGUUUGGUGUUCAGAACGUGCUGUCUGCUGAAGAACGACAGAUGGUGUUCUUUAAACGUAUUAUUGAAGGAAUAAACACUAUACCGCAAAGCAACCCAUAUGAGGUUGGACUGGAGUAUCCGGGAAUAGAUGCGAAUAAUAAUACAGAACACUCAAGACAACCUUAUCCUCCACAGAAACAUGAACUCUGUGUUACUGUACCUACACAUACAGAAUUUGUUAUGAAUGACGUCAACCAUGAUGCCGCACCACUCUGUGAAGAAAUGUAUUCAAAGGAUGAUGAGAUCGAAAGAUGGCAUGAUACAUUACCUGAGAUAAAACUUGACGAUGACUUUAUUAUGUAUUAACUUCAUACAGGCGUAAUUAAUAACCACAUAAUUUGCCUCUUGUUUCUUUCAGCUCUUGUCGGUUGUUAUUUUGAAAUCAUGGAACAGUAGAAAAACAAUGUUAUAUUAUUGACUUUCAAUCUUACAAAAUGCUGGUUUGCGGUGAACACGUUAUGUUUAUAUACUUUUUAUUAGACCUUGUUCCAAUUCAAAUGUGAUUCCAUUGUACCUGUAUUAACAUAUUAAUACCCCCACCCCCAUCAGUUUGGCAACCGGAAAUGCCCACUUGAGAGCGUGAUCCUAAUUUUGUUCCUCAAUUGGUCGAAAAUGACUUUGAUGAUUUUUUAUAACAAAAAACAGGUUUUAGCACGCUGUUCAAACCGGUACGUCCGGUUACCAGCUUUUGGAGGGGAGUGUAUAUGGGUACGUCACUGGCGGAUCUGGGUGACGGGGGUGGGCCCAGAAAGAAAUUGGACCCAAAAAAUGUUUGGGCCCAAAAAUAUAAGGCCCCAAUUAAUGGGCCUUUUUGGACAUAAGUGGGUCUUUAAGGCCUUAUCUUUUAAUUUUAGAUCAAAUUAUCAAAAAAUAUGCCCCUCCCCACUGUUGGAUUCCAGAUCCGCCCCAGUAAGUAGGCUUCCUAAGCUAGUAUUCGCGAAUGCAAAUAGUGGCUACCGGCUACCGGAUUAACCUACUUUUUUAUGAUUAACUCAUUUAAAUAUGAAUGGAAUAGUACUAGUGGCAGCUACUAUACAUAUUUAAAUGAGUUGCCAAUAAAACAGUUAAUCCGGGAGCCGACAGGCGUAUAAUUGCAUUCGCGAAUAAAAGGCAAGUUAUUAUUUGAAUAAUACCAAAGGUUUACGUCAAGCCAAAUUU